AACUCAUCCUCCAUCUUGCUCCGGCCACUUACGCCGUGUUUUCAUCUUUUCGUCGGUGUCGUGAUAGAGUGUUAAACAGUCACAAGACAACAAAAACCCAUUACAAUGGUUGCUCCAAAGAAACAGAAAAAGGCUAUGGAGAGCAUCAACUCCAAACUUGCUUUGGUUAUGAAAUCAGGCAAAUACGUAUUGGGAUACAAGCAAACCUUGAAAUCUCUUCGUCAAGGAAAAGCUAAGCUUGUCAUCAUUGCCAACAACACACCUCCACUAAGAAAAUCAGAGAUUGAAUACUACGCUUUGUUGGCCAAAACUGGAGUUCAUUUUUACACUGGUAACAAUAUUGAAUUGGGUACAGCUUGUGGUAAAUACUUCCGUUGUUGCACACUCUCAAUCACAGAUCCUGGUAACUCAGACAUCAUCAAGUCAAUGCCAACUGCUGAACAAGCAUAAACAUAUUUUCUCAUUUAUUUUAUGUAACAGCUUGAUUACCAAUACGUUAUUUUUUUUUUUAAUAAUAAAGAGAAAAUAAAUUUA